UAAGUCAGUUGGGGAAAAGAAAGUGCGCGAGUUCGCCGAGUCUUGAAGGAUCAUCGUGCAUGCAUAUUUGUAGCUACCAAACACACACACUAUCUCUCUCUUGCAUGGAUUUGUUUAAAAUUUCUUUACCAAAACACAGAGCUCAACCACCGCUGGUCACCGGGACAAAACGCCGUCAUCGAUUUUAUCGUCGUCUCUAGCUUUGGUUGUUGCCGAUUUAUGCAUCGAAGCCUUACAGUGGAGGUAGACUGAGAUAAUCAAACGUGGCUUGUCGCAGCGUUUGUGGAGUUGAAAGCGGUUUUGUUUUGCUAUUUUGAUUUGUAAACAGGUUUUAAGAGAAUUGAGUCUUGAUAAUUUAUAAUGGCGUCCUCGAAGACUUGCAUGAAUGUACUGUGCGGAACGCCAACCUCCACCGAGUGGAGGAAAGGUUGGGCUCUUCAAUGUGGCGGAUCCGCUGUUCUUUGCGAUAAGUGCGGUUCUGCAUACGAGCAAUCAAUCUUCUGUGAUGUGUUCCACACGAAGGACUCUGGUUGGAGGGAGUGCAAUAAAUGUGGCAAGCGUCUCCAUUGUGGAUGUAUUGCCUCCCGGUGUCUCCAUGAGCUGCUUGACAGAGGUGGUGUAAUCUGCGUAAGCUGUGCAAAGUGUUCAGGAGUUAAUUCUAUGACGAGAGAUGGAAAACCCAAUGGCUCUUGCAUGCAAGUGCUUGAUAUAGUUGGUGAAAGGCCAUCCACAUCAGCAGACUGCCAAAUUGACCAUGAAAGGAAGCAUAUGCAGUUUGACAAUAAUACUGAAAAUAUUGGGCUGGGACAUCUACUACAGUUUCAGAAUGAUGACACAAAAGGGUCUUUCGGACCAUUUAAAAGGGAGGGAAUUCUACAUCAUCCGGGAGAAAUUGGAAAUGCACAUUCCCCAAAGCUUAAUGAAGUGUCAAAUGGUUCAUAUCAAGCAGCUAAACCAGCCAUUCAUGCUUUGGCACAAACAAACUUGAGCGUUACUCUUGGUUCUCCCUUAGGACACCCCAAUCCGUCUUCUGAUGGUGUUCUUGAUGAAAGGGGACCCAGGUCUCGACAUCUUUUGCCCAAACCUCCCAAAUCCACCCUCGCCCAAGGUUUGGAGGGGAGCAUGGGCAUUGCCCAGAUACGUGUUGCUAGGCCACCUGCUGAAGGAAGGGGACGUAAUCAGUUGCUUCCUCGUUAUUGGCCGCGGAUUACAGACCAGGAAUUGCAGCAAAUAUCUGGAGAUACAAAUUCCAAUGUUGUGCCAUUAUUUGAAAAGGUUCUUAGUGCUAGUGAUGCUGGUCGCAUAGGCCGUUUGGUGCUUCCCAAAGCAUGUGCUGAAGCAUAUUUUCCUCCAAUAUCUCAACCAGAAGGCCUUCCUCUAAGGAUUCAAGAUGUUAAGGGGAAAGAAUGGAUGUUUCAAUUCAGAUUUUGGCCUAAUAAUAACAGUAGGAUGUACGUUUUAGAGGGUGUAACCCCUUGCAUACAGUCCAUGCAGUUGCAAGCUGGAGAUACUGUAACAUUUAGCCGUAUGGAUCCAGAAGGCAAACUUGUUAUGGGGUUCCGAAAAGCAUCAAAUUCGAACUCGGUGCAGGAAAUCCAACCAUCUGCCGUUUCUAAUGGUGUUCAUUCAAGUGAAAGUUUCUUUUUGGGUGCUUUUGAGAACCUGCCUAUAAUAAAUGGUUACUCUGGCCUUCUUCAGUCAUUGAAGGGAAGCACCGAUCCCCACCUAAAUGCAUUGUCCAAACAUUUCAAUCCAAACAGUGCUGAUAUCAGCUGGCUUAAAUCUGAGAAGCAUGAUGACCAGGCAAGGGAGGGCUUACUGUUGCAAUCACUGCAGGUUCCAGAGAAAAAGAGAGUUCGAAAUAUUGGGGGCAAAAGUAAGAGGUCGCUAAUUGAUAACCUAGAUGCUUUGGAUCUGAGACUUACUUGGGAAGAGGCACAGGAUUUCCUCUGCCCACCUCUGAGUGUCAAGCCAAGCAUUGUCACAGUUGAGGAUCAUGAUUUUGAAGAAUAUGAAGAACCUCCAGUUUUUGGAAAGAGGAGUAUAUUUGUUGUCCGGCAAACAGGGGGACAAGAGCAAUGGGCUCAGUGUGAUAGUUGCUCUAAGUGGCGAAGAUUACCAGUUCACCUCCUUCUUCCACCUAAGUGGGCAUGUGGGGAAUAUUCUUUGGAUCAAAGCAGAUAUUCAUGUUCUGCACCAGAAGAAUUGACUCCAAGGGAAUUGGAAAAUCUUCUCAGGUCCCAUUAUGAUUUCAAGAAAUGCAAAACAGUUACAAGCUAUAGGCCUACCCAGGAGCAUGAAUCUUCUGGCUUGGAUGCCUUGGCCAAUGCUGCAAUUCUUGGAGGUAAUGAGGGCGACCCAGGCACGACCACAGUUGCAACCACAACCAGACACCCUAGGCAUCGGCCUGGCUGUUCAUGUAUAGUGUGCAUCCAGCCCCCAAGCGGGAAGGGCAAGCACAAACCUACAUGCACAUGCAAUGUCUGCAUGACUGUUAAACGCCGUUUUAAAACCCUAAUGAUGCGGAAGAAGAAGCGUCAAUCAGAGCGUGAAGCAGAGAUUGCUCAGAGGAAUCAGCAAAUUUGGGGCUCCAAAGAUGAAACAGAAGUAGACAGCUUGUCUAAGCAUGGAUCCCUGCACCUGGAUCCGUCAGAGAACGAAACCAAGUCAACGAAUGAGCUAGAGUCCAAAUGCCAAAACGAAAAUUCCUUGCACAAAUUGGCUGAAACUGGCCAGGUGAACUUAGACUUAAAUUGCCAUCCUGACCGUGGGGAUGAACUAAGAGUUGGGUUACCCCGAGUGAGCAUGAUGAGUCUUCUUCAAGUAGCAAACCUGCCACUGGAGAUCUAUCUUAAGGAAAAUGGUCUUACAAGCUUGAUGUCCGAGCAAGAAAUGGGUUCAGUCUCUCCUGCACCACAACAAGCAACUGGAGAUAGCGAGGGACAACCUCUAGACGAUAGCCAUCUACCUUCAGCCAAUGAGCCGGAGAGCAGUGAGGAUGAAGAGGCUGAGGAACUCACGGAAAAUGAUAUUAGCCCAAAUGAUCCCCAAUGAAAUGCCAGUUCAUCCCCCCUCCUCAAAUCCUUGUUCUGCUAUUCUUAUGUAAUCACCAAUUUGUGGUUUCUGGUCCUGUCAGCUUGGUAAUUUCUGGCCAGUGGGGAUGUUCCCAUCUUAUAUUGAUAUGUAUCAUAGAUAAGACUAAAGAGGUUUCUUUAUUGAAAGGGUGAAUAUGCAUGGUUUUGAGAGUUGAGAUGCUAAACACCAGUACCAAGUUGUGUACAGGAUAGUAUAAAAGAAGUGUGUAUUGACGUGUUGAAUAACU